UUCUUUGCAGUCUGUGGUUAGAAGAAAUUUGGUGUGAUGAAAACAAACUUCUAAAAAAACUAUUUUGAAAUUUAAAGAAUAUUAUUGUUGCUAUUAUAAUAUUAAUUACAUAAGCAAGCCUCCAGAUGCUAUCAAUUAAACGUUUGCCGGCAUUAUCGCCCGCGCGAAUACGGUCUUUUCAGCUGAAAAAUGGAUUAUUUGAGCAGCAAACAUGUAAACAAUUCAAUUAUAAUUUACUAAAUUUAUGUAAAUCGGUGUCUGCAUUACAUAGCUUCACGAGUAAAUCACCACAUCCCCAUAUAAAACACUUCAAUGCAGAAUACAAAGCAGUAUGUGCACUGCUGCAACGGUCCUGUCUACCUGAAUUGACUUUGUUUCACAAAAACAACAUUACCAGAGGGCUACAUACAAGUUCCAAUAAUCAAAACCAAAAUCAAAAUAAAGACAAGGAUGAAAAGAAAAACAAUAAUGAUGAGCCCAAUAUGCCUUCCCUGUUGAUUAAAGCAGCGUUUUGGAUGAUGAUGACAUUUACACUGAUAACAAUUAGUACCUACCUUGUACCAGGAGAUAAUACACAAAGUGAGAUGAUCCGUUAUGUGUCAUGGAAUGAAUUCGUUUAUUCCAUGCUCUCAAAAGGAGAGGUUGAAGAAAUAAUAGUGAGGCCAGACUUGGAAAUUGUCACCAUCAUUUUGUACGAGGGAGCCGUAAUAAAAGGAAAGAGGGCAAACCAUCGUGUCUAUCACAUGAAUGUUGGCAAUAUUCAACGUUUUGAAGAGAAGCUCCGUGAGACAGAAAUGAGUUUAGGUGUCAAAGAAGGCGUACGCGUAAUAUACGACCGCAAUGGCAGUGUGGCGGCAAAGAUCUUCACCACACUACUCAUCGGUGCAGUUAUACUGUCCUUCCUUUAUUCCACCAAGUCCAUGAAAAUGAACAUCAAUUUAGGUGGAUUUAGUCAACUGAGGCGGGCAAAGUUCACACUAGUGGACUCUAUGAGCGGUCAGGGUAAAGGGGUGAAGUUCCAAGACGUUGCCGGCCUCAAGGAGGCGAAAAUUGAAGUUAUGGAGUUUGUGGACUAUUUGAAGAGACCUGAACAUUACAAAAGCUUGGGCGCUAAGGUUCCUAAAGGCGCUUUGUUGCUGGGUCCCCCCGGUUGCGGAAAGACCAUGCUGGCGAAGGCGGUUGCCACCGAGUCUAAUGUUCCGUUUCUGUCUAUGAACGGUUCGGAGUUUAUAGAGAUGAUCGGCGGACUUGGAGCUGCUAGAGUCAGAGAUCUCUUCAAAGAAGCAAGCUCCCGCGCACCCUGUAUAAUCUAUAUAGACGAGAUGGAUGCAGUGGGUAGGGCGCGGUCCUCGGGGGCAUCGUCCUGGGGUCCAGGGGGUGGUGAAGGGGAACAGACCCUGAACCAGCUGCUGGUGGAGAUGGACGGCAUGAAGAGUCGCGAGGGCGUUGUUGUCCUGGCUUCCACCAAUAGAGCUGAUGUUUUGGACAAGGCGCUGCUUCGGCCCGGCCGUUUUGAUAGACACAUUUUGAUCGAUUUACCCACUUUGGUGGAGCGAGAGGAAAUAUUCGAGAGACAUCUCAAGAGCAUCGUCCUGGAGCCGUUGCCGCAGCAUUAUGUUAAACGGCUAGCAUACCUAACACCGGGCUUCAGUGGCGCUGACAUUGCUAACGUGUGCAACGAGGCAGCCCUGCACGCCGCGCGACACAAGCAGAACAUCGUCAAAGCGUCCGACUUGGAAUACGCCGUCGAGAGAGUUGUUGGUGGUACAGAGAAACGCAGCCAUGCGAUGUCUCCGGGGGAAAAGAAGAUUGUGGCGUACCACGAGUCUGGUCACGCGCUUAUUGGGUGGCUUCUAGAACACACCGACGCCCUCUUGAAGGUCACUAUAGUGCCGAGAACCAACAAGGCUCUAGGAUUCGCUCAGUACACCACUUCGGAUCAGAAGUUGUAUUCAAAAGAAGAGCUCUUCGACCGCAUGUGCAUGGCGCUCGGCGGGCGCGCGGCCGAGGCUGUCACCUUCAACUCCAUCACCAGCGGCGCACAGAACGACCUGGAGAAAGUCACCAAGAUUGCGUACGCGCAGGUGCGAGUUUUCGGCAUGUCUCCUUCAGUGGGUCUACUAUCGUUCCCAGAUUUAAAAGAUCGGCAGAAAUCGCCUUUUAGCAGAGCUUUGAAAAAUCUGAUCGACAUGGAAGCGAAAAAGCUUAUUGCCGAGGCUUACUACCGGACAGAGGACAUACUGAGAAAGAAUCAGGACAAACUUAAAGCUCUUGCCGAAGAACUAAUAAAGAAAGAGACACUAUCGUACAAAGACGUGGAAGGCAUAUUGGGACCACCGCCUUUCCCAAGGAAGAAGUUCAUCGACCCCGUGGAGUUUGAGAGUAAUUUGAGAAGUAUGGAAAAUGCUGCGAACGCUGACGACAGUGGCACCAUUGGCGCACCCUCGGCCAAACCUGACUCACAGACCAGUGUUUGAUUACAAACGGUUUUGUAUACAAAACAUAUAGUGGUGCCCUCGCGUGUGAAGUACAUGGUUGUGGAGGUAUACAUUAUACUAGCGGAUCCGGUCAAGCUUUGACUUAAAUGCACUUCUCUACCAAUCUUCUUCACUUCUUCUCUUCUAAUCUACCCCUACCAUACCCAUACCCUACUCAACGAAUUUUUUUUUUAAACUUACAUUUCUAAACUUUUAUAUCCUUCGAAUGCAAUGUCUGAAUUGAAUAAUUCAAAAGUUAAAUAAAGUUAUUGAAGCAGUCUUUAAUCUGACGUAAAUUAUUUGCUGAAAUCAAUACCAAAAUACAAAUAAACAUUAUUUUUUAAAAAUACAAGAACACUUAUUGUGGCAUGACUAUAAUAGUUAGACAUAAUAUGCUGCCGCGACACUUUUUGUAAAUAAUAUAUAAAUAAUUACUAGCGGACCCGCUCAAGCUUCGCUUUGACUUAUUAAUUUAUUUAUUUGCACUUCUUCCCUAUCCCUACCUCACACUACCCUACUCCUACCCCUACCCCUACCCUACUCCUACCCCUACCCCUACCCUACCUCUACCCUACCCUACCUCUACCCUACCCUACCCUACAAAUACCCUACCGCUACCCUACCCUACCCUAUCCGUAUACCAUAAACCUACCCUACCCCCACCCUACCGCUACCCUACCCCUACCCUAUCCCUAUACCAUACCCCUACCCUACCACUACCCUACCCUAGGAUUUAGGGGUUUGAAAAAUGUUUGGAUUUAGAUGUUGGCCGAUUCUCAGACCUACUGAAUAUGCACAAAAAAUUUCAUCAGAAUCGGUCAAAUCGUUUCGUAGGAGUAUGGCAACGAAAACUGUGACACGAGAAUUUUAUAUAUUAUAUAGUCUGCAUAGUCUAAAUCAUUAUUUUAUUCUAUAAUCAAUAGUAUAAGCCGAGUCAGCGGGAAUAAAAACACAACUGCCUUUUUCACCAGAAUUAUUGCAUAUAAUCUAUUGUAUUUAUAAUACAUAAGAAUAAUCAAUGAUAAUACAUGGGUAUUUAUGCACUUUUACAUAUAAUUAUUGACUUUUUCCUCACACCGAUCUCUCUUUUGUCCUCUCUGUACCAUAUAUCCUUUCCUUCCAACUCGUCGACCGACUACGUCACUCUCUCUGCUCUGAUUGGUCAAUGUUUCUCUGCGUCGACGCUAUUGGCUGAUUACAGUAAACUUACGUCUAAAAAUCUAACAUAUAAUUAAUCACAUUUAAAUAGUUGAAAGAGAAUAGCUUAAUUAAUUUAUCUACUUCCAAAUUUACGGAGUAUCGACUGUGGGAUUUGUGGCCAUCUUUAACAGAACCUAACAAUAGGUUUUGCAGUACACGGGAUGUAAACAAUAUUUAUAACACAUUUGCUGGUAAAGUAUCGCUUAUUUCACCAAUUUCAAUAUCGUAAUGUAUCUCACGCACAUGUGCCGUGAUGUAAUAUAAAACCUUUAUCAUCCGUCUAAUAACAAACGUUACUUUUUAAAAUCUUUGCAAAGAGUUUUAAUGUCAGAAAAGUGCUAACAUUCAAUAGUGCUCAACAAUUAACUUUGUGUGAUAAAAUAUAAUAAACAAAACAUUCUUUAAUUUUAAUAACUUUGACAAUAAAUGUCAACCAUUUAUCUGUAUCAGAAACACAAAAAUAUUAAUUUAGUUUAUUAGUAAUACUGGCUGUUUUUGGUGCAUUUGCCUAAAAAAACGCUGGUGCUCGCACUUCGCUAUUUGUAUAAAAAUGACAAGCGUGUCAAAAUGUCAUCAAAUGGAAAACAGGCAAAGAUGCAAAUUCAUUUUCAGAAAGUGUGUUAAAAGUGUGUUUCCUCGCAAAUGUGUUAAAAAACGUCGUAUGACAUACGUGCACUUUGAUAAUUACAGCCUCUGCUUCCUUACUAUAGCUCUCGCCUUUGGCUCGAGCUGCAAAAUCGCCUCGGCUAAAAUUUUCAACUUACCGCACUUAUAUCAUAAUGUAUUAAAACAUUACUUAUCCUGACUUUUCAAAAGUGCUUGUAAACUAAAGCCUGCUUGAAAUAAAUGAAUAUUGUAUUAGGAGUUUUUGACUUCAUAUUUGUACUCGUAAUCCGCAAACCUGUACCACACGUGUUUAUCACCCAUUAUGCAAUUUGUAGUAGUAUGUAUUAUAGUUGACUUUAAGUGUACUAGUCUAGAUAAAUAUAUUUUAUCAGUUGUUA